ACAAUUUUUUACAAAAUGCAUUGUAUACGCAAGAUUACAAAUAUUACACAAUGGAAUCUGCAAGUAUUUAACAAAGUUGAUACAGUACACAAGAGAGCAGGAAUACUGCUACAAAAUGUUAUUUGCCGUUUGAAUCACGACUCCGACGAAUAUUUACCUGAGGAAGAUGAGGGGAAACGGAACGAAUACGUCAAGAUCGCCAGUCAUUAUUUAGGCAUUGCUGCUGGUGGACAUAGGACGUUUAUUUUACAACCGUAUGUAAAAUGGGGGAUAAACAAGAAGAGAAACACUUCGCCGGAACUACAAAUGGCUGAAGCUGUGGCUCUAAUAAAUACUCUACCUCAUUGGUGUGUAGUUGGAACAAAGUACGCCCCGUUACUUACAUUGCAGAGGAAGGAGCUGCUCGGUACCGGCGCGAUCGAGAAUCUAAAGAAGGACUUAAUAGCAUGCCCAAACCCCACUGCCAUAUUUGUUAGCACUAAUCUGUUGAAGUUUGUCCAGAUCAGCGAACUGGAAAAGAUCUUUGGUCUACCAGUGUAUGAUCGUUAUUCCAUAGUUAUCCACAUAUUUCGUGAACAUGCGAAGACUGCGGAGGCAAAGCUGCAGGUAGCCUUAGCGGAGAUACCAUACAUUCGGAAAAAAAUAUUUGAAUCCUGCGUUACUCGCUGUGGCGUGAUAAACGUGACGGAGGAGACGAAACUGUUGCUCGACACCAAAGAGAAGAAAUUGAAAAACCAGUUGAAGAAGCUGCAGCAACAUCGACGAUUAAUUAGAAGUAAGCGUAAGAAGUACGGCUUCCCCACGGUCGCUAUAGUCGGUUACACAAACGCAGGGAAAACCUGCUUAAUAAAAGCGCUCACGGAUGACAAUGCUCUACAACCUAGGAACAAAUUAUUCGCAACCCUUGACACUACCGCGCAUCAAGGCAUUUUACCAAACAGAUUAAAAAUUUUGUACAUGGAUACUAUCGGAUUUAUUCAAGAUGUGCCGCAAACUCUGAUUGAACCAUUCCUUGUGACUCUAGAAGAUGCCAUGAUCGCUGAUGUGAUAGUUCACAUAUACGAUGUCAGUCAUCCUGAUAUGAAGGCGCAAUAUCAGCACGUCCAGCAGACGAUAAAACCCAUGUUGGACGAUCGUCCAAUAAUCGACGUCGCCAAUAAGUGCGAUCUUGUUCAAAGCGAUUGCAUACCCAAGGAUGCAAUUGCCGUCUCCGCUAAGAAUCUGACAGGAAUCGAUUUGUUACGUUUGAAGAUACAGGAGGUCCUUUUAGCAACUUCUGGACUAUUAACCAUACGUGCGAGGGUAAAAGCUGGCAGUCCUGCAGCCAGCUGGUUACAUAAAAUGACAACAGUGACAAACAUCGAAUCAGAUCCGAACGACGCUCAGUAUUUAAUUAUGCAAGUGAUUACCACUGCGGCCGACGUUCAAAAGUUCAAGAAAUUUUUAAAACAAUAAAGAGUUUUAUACCACGCACAA